AUGCGCAAAGGACUUGACUGUGUCUAUCGUCCGGCCGGGAAUCUGUCGACCGAGACGACCGACCCUCUGAGUGCCCUCACAGAAACCACACGAUCAGCCUCUUUGGCGAGAGACGAUAACCAAUAUGGAGUCUUCAGUCUUCCUCCCGCCCUCGACGUGCCAGAGUUGCAGACGCUGUGGGACAUGUCGUUAUCGCCAUUCAUGGCCACGGCCACUUCUCCUCCCUCAUCAUCAACAAAGUUUCUCCCAGAUGUGACUGGCUUAAGAUGGACUGUCCCUGAGAGCGACACGUCCCUCGUCACGCUUGGUGCAGCGACAGAGUCGGACAGCGUGACGCCUCUCUCCUUGCGCGAUCUCACGAAAGAGCCCCAAUUACCAUGGGAAGGCUUCCUAGUAUGUUUACCGAUGGGCGAUCCUGUCGCUCAACAGAAUGCUACAUUGAUCAUCCAGAUGCUGCGGCCAUAUCCAAGCAUGAUGACGCGCAAGGACACUCUUCCGCCAUUCAUCCAUCCAUGCCUCGGGUCCAAUAACUUGGGUCUACCCUUUCCCGAGCCCCUUGCAAACUGCGUGAGCAUUGCGCGGAUGUUUGCCUGGCGCACGCCGGAAACAAGAGAUUUUGUCUGGAAGACCAUUUGGGCAGAGCAACGCAGACUGGCAGAUAAAGCUACCACCUACUCUUCUGAGGAGCUGCUCGCAUCCCUCCAAGCCUUUACCAUGUAUGUCAUCAUGCGUGUGAUGGACUACAGCACGACACAUGCGCAACAAGACAAGGAAACACUGUUAUACUGCCACGUACGACCCCUGGAGUCCAAUGAUCUGGUGACUGAUCAAAUAGCUAACUGA